AUGUUCAGGUUUUUCAUGCCGCCGAGCUCGCCGGGGAUCUCCCCUUCGAGGAGGUUCUCGUUAAGAUAGAGUUGGGUCAUCUUGGAUAGAUUCCCCAUCCGAGGAAGUAUUGCACCGGUGAGCUCGUUGGUGAAGAGGGAGAGCGCUGUAAGGUUCGAGAGGUUCCCGAGCUCCGGCGGGAUGCUUCCUCGGAGGCUAUUAUUUGAGAGAUCGAGCGAGCUGAGUGUGGAGAUGUUCCCGAGGGAGGAAGGGAUCGACCCGAAGAGAUUGUUGGAGGAAAGUCUAAGGAACUGGAGCUUGGGGAGGGAGCCCAGCUCCGGCGGAAUCUUCCCCCCGAGUUUGCUGUUGCUUAUGAGUUCGAGAGUGGUGAGAGUGGAGAUGUUCGCGAGGGAAGAGGGGAUAGGCCCUCUGAGAUUGUUGAAGGAAAGUCCGAGGUACUGGAGCUUCGGCAAGGAGCCCAGCUCCGGCGGGAUCUCGCCGUCGAGGUUAUUUCCGGAGAAGCUCAGGAUCUCCAGAUUGGCGCAAUUGCUGAUGCUCCCUGGGAUCCUCCCGCGUAGUUUGUUGUCCCUCAGGCUCAUGUACUGGAGCCCGGAGCAGUUCCCCAGGGUGGAGGGAAUCUCGCCGAUGAGGGAGUUGAUGCUGAGGUUGACUCGCUGCAGGGCGGCGAGCCGGCCGAGGUCCCCCGGAAUGGCGCCGUCGAGACGAUUAGCCGAGAGGUCGAGCUUGGUGAGGAAGGCGAGCCUGGAGAGGCGGGGGGAUAUUUGCCCCGCCAGCCGUAGCCCGUUCAGCGCCAGCUCCGUCACCCGCUCCGCCGUCCCGCCGCCGCAUGUAACGCCGCGCCACCGGCAAAGCGGCGUGGACUCGUUCCAGGCGUCCAUCGCUCCCAGCGGGUCGUCGGAGAUCAGCCCCUUGAAGGAGAGGAGAGCCUCUCGGUCGGUGGCGGAGUCAGCAGACAGUAUGGGGACGAGGAGGAGGAAGAGGAAGGGAGCAGGGAUACGAAGCCCCAUCACCCGCCGCCGGUGGUCUCUGGGAUCCGAAUGUUCUCCUUCCCCAGUUUAAAAAGAGCACGGGCGGCGGUGAUGGGUUCCAAUUUCCUCGGGCGUCACAUUCGCCAAUAAAAACGCCCGCAUCAAGCCCAGCUCUUCUUCUACGCGGAAUCUUCAUCUGCUUCAUUUUUCUUGGCUGGUUGACCGAGUUGCGUGAGGGGAUGGAUAACUGCGGAUAAAAGAUGGCCGAUCACUGGAGCCCAGUGUCGGUCUUGUCAUACUGAAGAGCUAAUUUACUUUGAACUAACUUGUCUAAGAGAGAGUGAGAGAGCGAGACACAGCGGUUUUCUAUAUUCAAUUCCUCUCCAAGAAAGCUUUCUGCACUGGCAGAUUUUUUAAGUUCAAAAAUAUUUUGAUUAGUUAGGUUUGAAUUUUGAUGAUUUUACGCUUAAGGAAAAUAAUGAAUUCAAUAACCAUUUAAAAACUUUGACAAAUCAAUACUUUCAUUUCUGAAAAACCUUUUAUAAAUUUUUAUUAGGAACAAGCACCUCCCAUAAACUAAAAAAGGCAAACCUAAACAUUCCACUUCUAAGAAGAAGAAAAAAAGGGGUGUUUUUUAGGAUAUUCCCAGCUCUUUUCCCUUUAUAAAAGUAUCAUGUAAAUAAACUAAAAAGUUUCAUCUUCACUUUCUAUCUCUAGAAUAUUCCAUUAAUGGGGUGGGAGAGAGAGAGAGAGAGAGAGAGAGAGAGAGAGGCUUUAUUUUUCCGGCUUCAUUUUUAGAUGGGCCUCAAAAUCGAAUGAAUCAUUUAUGGGCUUGCACAGUUAAUGGGCCAGCCCAUAUAUUCACCGCCUGAAGAUGAUUUCUGUCCGGAUACAGAUUACUGGUCCGGCCCACUUAGUAAUAACCCAGUAAUAGGUGUACGUAAAUAUGCCGGGGGGCGGGGGAUUUGAAACGGCCGUUGGAGGUGGGCGCGGGCUUGUUCCUUCCUGUUGUUCCUUUUCUUCCUCGUCCUCUCCCGAGAGACGACUACGUGGAUCUGCCCAUGGUGGAUCCCAGGAAGGCUGUCAACGCGAAGGUCAACGUCUUCGCGCCUGUCGUGGAGAUGGGCGGCGCCACCCGCAGCAAGGGACCGGUAGGCUUUUCUUAAGAGUGUUCAAGGAUGGGUACUCUGAUAACAUUUGUGGGGAGCCGAAAGUGUCUGACUUUUCCAGUUUCUUCAUCUGAUAAAUGGGCGACGAGGUGUCCCAUUCUAAAAUAUUUGUGGGGAGGAGUCCUUUUUUCUUUUUUUUUCUUUUUCGGGUCAACUACGGUGCCUGUUUUGUACAUGUGGUUUUAUACGCGUAUUCAUUAAUUUCAAAGAUAUCCCUAUGGUUCUGGGGUAUCUCUGUUUAUACCAGAGAGCCGAUAUCUCUCCUCGCUUUGUUUUGAAGAACGCUGGUUGUAAGAUCUUCUGGACAAAAUGGCUGACGCUAAUAGAUGUAGUGUUAGUUCCCUUCAUAGGCCAUAAAACCGUGGAAUUGUUAGUCUAAUAGAUGUAGUCUGUGUCCCGAUCACUAGUUGACCAAAUCCUGACAUGAAUUUUCAUCAUAUAUUCAGAAUUACGACAGAACGUUUUCUUGCCACGCACAAUCACCUGACUGAUUUUCAUAAAUUCUUGAAGCUGCCCAAUGAUGGCAUUUUAUUUUUCAAUUGCUUAGAUGAUUGCUUGCUUUUGGAUUUACUUAUUAGUUCCCUUCUGUGAAGAAAAGAAGAUUUUUGACGUGACUUUGCAUUUCAACCCAGCCUUCUAGUACGUUAAACACCCUCAUGCCAUAUCUUUCCGUCUCUCGGAUAAAGUGCCAACAGUGAUACUGUUGGAGAGUAAUUCUCUUUAAGCAGCUGAGGUCCAGGAUAUUCUUUUCCUAACGGAUCAAAGAUACAACCUCGCAUUGUACCAUCCGGAGUUGAAGAUCUUCCAUUAAGAAAGUUGACCAAAAGAGACUGUCAAUCUUUAAAACUAUUGGCGUAUCCAUUCUUUAAGCAGAUCUGGUUGAGUUUCUUUGAACUGGCUUUGACUAUUGCAUGAAGAGAUAUCACACUUCUAGUGGUGGGAUGGAUGAAGCUGUACAUUAAUGGCAGAGACUGACAUCUGACUUUGAAAAUUCUGCUUGUCAGUCAUUUUUCGGUUCAUUGAUGCAACAGGGAGCACUUGGUAACUUUUUCGUUCAUACCUGUUAUGAUGAUAACAUUUCUAUAAAUCACAAUUUUUGGGGUUUAACAUGUUCUCAAUUAAGACAAAAGGAUGUGGUUUAAUCGGUGGCUUAUAAUCUGGGCUGAAAAGUUUUGUUUUUGACGUAUAGCGUUAUGAAUUUCUAUUGUGUGACCAUUCAGCGAUCCAGACAAUCCGUCUUUCAUAUGUCAUCUACUUGGCUAUUCGAGGUUCAUGAAAGUUAGGCAUGGACAGGUUGAAAAGAUAAUAAAUAUCUAACUAUCAUUUUUGAAGUAGUUAUUAGAAACGAAUCGAUUUGAUGCUGCUAAAAUUGGUCAUUGCAUGAAGCUUUGACAAUUUAAUUUUUGCUUAACAUGAAUAUGCUCAACAGCACUGUGACAUAAUCACUGUGAUUCUUCUACAGGUGAAGUGUCUUGAAAAACUUGGUUCAGAAGUCAAUCAUGUGAAGACUGUUCUUCACCCAGAUCUUACCUUGGGCAAAACGGUGGAGGGUCCGAGUGUUGUCCAUGUGUCAAGGUCCAGCAGUAUUGAGGAGGCAAGGAAGGGCCUGCCCAUUGUAAUGAUGGAGCAGGAAAUAAUGGAAGCCAUCAAUGGAAGUUCUAUUGUCAUCAUCUGUGGGGAAACUGGGUCUGGGAAGACAGCUCAAGUUCCUCAGGUAUUCUCGAACUGUGAGGAACUUUCUUGGUUGGUCCUUUUUUUUAUUUUUUUAUUAUGUCAAUAGAUUGUCGUGCUAGUCUGGUCUUUUCUCUUUUUCGUUCUUUUGGGUUCAAACAUAAUAAAACAAGCAGUUCCUUUACGAAGCUGGGUAUGGAUCAAGAGGCACUGGUCACCGAAAAGGAAAAAUAGGCAUCACUCUACCCCGUCGUGUUGCUGUGCUUGCUACUGCGAAAAGAGUUUCUCAUGAACUUAAUAUUCCUCUUGGGAAGGAAGUGGGGUACCAAGUGAGACACGAGAAAAAGAUAAGAGAGGACUGCUCUAUCAAGUUCAUGACAGAUGGUAUUUUACUACGCGAAUUACAGGUUUUUACUUUUCUUUUUUCCUUUUAAAUAAUUUGAGAAAGAGUACAAUGAAACUAUGCAUUUUGAUAUUUAGAUCCUACAUUUCGGCCUCUAUUAAUUGAAAAAACUGUUCAUACUUUGUGGCGUCAGACAAUCAUGCUAAUCCUCUACAGCAUUAUUUUCUAAGAUGUGCUGCCUGUUCAGUAUUUAUACUAUUUAAAGUAUUUUUAUGGACAUGAAUUAGGAGAUAAUAUUUCUAGUCUUCAUAGUGUUUAUUUUCUGCUUAUAUAUAUAUAUAUAUAUAUAUAUAUAUAUAUAUAUUGCAUACGUUUAUGUGCUGUUGUUGCAAAGUUGAUAAGAAUCUUUAUUUUUUCCCAUUAGGAUCCAGUGGAAAUGGUUAAAUUUUUUCACUCUUCUUCUAUUAAUCGGGUUGUUUCACAUUAUGCAGAGUGAUUUAUUGUUGAGGCAGUACUCUAUUAUCAUUAUAGAUGAGGCCCAUGAGAGAAGCUUGAGCACUGAUAUCCUUAUUGGGAUGCUCUCUCGGGUUGUGUGGCUACGCCAGGUAGAGAAUUUGCUCCUAGAAUUUUCAAUUCCUCACAGAAAUCUAUUACCUUGUAAAUUUUUCUCAUUAAUUCUGUAACAUUUUGGAUGCAGAAAUUAUUUAUGUAGCAGCAAGAGAAGAUGCAUGCGGGAUCAGAAGCAAGCUCUGAGAAUGCACUAACUGUAUUGAAGCUUGUUCUUAUGAAUGCGACUCUUCACGUUGAAGACUUCAUCUCAGAUCGAAGGUUGUUCCAUGAGCCCCCAGCUGUUCUAGAGGUCCCAACAAGGCAAUAUCCUGUGACCAUUCACUUCUCAAGAAAAGGGGAUUAUGGGGACUACCUCAGACUCGCUUCAAAGAAGGUGAUACAAAUUCAUAGGACCCUUCCUCUUGGUGGGAAACUCGUCUUUGUCACAGGGAAGGGCGAAGUAGAUUACUUAUGCCAAAAGCUGCGCAAAGAAAGUCAACGCAUGGAGAGAGUGAGUAAAGAUAUUACUGCUGUCCUUGAGGAUAAUGAGGCCUUUAAGUAUAGUGGGCUGUGCAUUUUGCCUCUUUAUGCGAUGCUCCCUGCCGAUGAGCAGCUUCGUGUCUUUAGAGAUAUACCUGAAGGUCAGAGGCUCGUAGUGGUUGCUACUAAUGUGGCGGAGACCUCCUUAACCAUCCCAGGUAUAAAGUAUGUCGUUGACUCAGGGAGAGAAAAGGUGAAGAAUUAUAAUCACAGGAAUGGGUUGGCAGCAUAUGAAAUCAAGUGGAUAAGUAAAGCAUCUGCGGCUCAACGAGCUGGGAGAGCUGGGAGAACAGGGCCUGGGCACUGUUACCGUCUGUAUUCAUCUGCAGUUUUUGGCAAUGUUUUUUCUGAUUUUUCUUCUCCGGAAAUUACUAAAGUUCCUGUCACCGGUGUUCUUCUCAUGAUGAAAUCUAUGGGUAUUGAUAAGGUAAUAAAGGGUGUUUAUUUUUUUUAUUUUUCUAUCGAUAGUUUUUUACUUUUUUCCUCCUGAACACAUGAUUUCAUGUAUUUUCCUAGGUUGCAAGCUUUCCUUUCCCAACUCCGCCUCAGGCUGCUGCGCUUACAGAAGCUGAUCGUUGCCUAAAAGCUCUUGAGGCAGUUGUCAGCAAAGGACGUCUGACACGCAUUGGAAGGGCGAUGUCAUGGUAUCCUAUGAGUCCUCGCCAUUCUCGAAUGCUUUUAUCAUUCAUAAGAAUUAUGAGGAUGCAACAAGCGCAUUAUUCCAGAGCUAACCUGGUUUUUGCGUAUGCGAUUGCCUCGGCAGCAGCGUUAAGCCUUCACAAUCCUUUCAUUAUACCCUGUCACAGCAGAGGGAAUAAUGAGAAUACAAGAGAAGAGUUGGAUAUAGAUAAUGAGAGAGAUGGCGGCAGAGUUUCUCCUCCGUUCAAGAGGCAAAGAGUGAUGGGAAAGCCAAAACCGGCAGUAGAAGAGAACCAUCUGAGAUUUAGAAAUCAUAACAGUGAUGCUCUCACUGUAUCAUAUCUUUUACAGUAGCAUGAUUUAACAGGAACAAAAGUGGAAAAAGAGGAAUUCUGCAGGGAGAACUUGCUACACGUCAAAACCAUCGAUGAGAUGUCCAAGUUGAGAAAGCAACUACUGGAGUUGAUUUUCCAUCUGGGUGGUUGUGACGAGGAAUUUUCAUGGCGUUAUGGAAGCGCAGAGGAUGUGGAAUCCGCCUGGUUUACUCCUGGCGACCAACAACCUCUUCUCCUAGAAGAGGAAGAAUUUUUGGCGCAGGCCAUAUGCGCUGGAUGGGCAGAUAGGGUGGCCAAACGUAUGCAGGGAUGUCCAAAGUCUUCAGACAAGGAUCUUAGAGUCAGAGCUGCUAGAUAUCAGUCCUGUGCCCUGGGAGAAACAGUCUUUCUUCACCCCAGUUCUUCUGUUUCUCACUCUCGGCCAGAAUUUGUAGUGUACACUGAGCUGCUUUGUACCAAGAGGUCGUACCUUCACGGUGUGACUGGAGUGAAGCCAGAGUGGCUCGUCAAGUAUGCUAGUUCCCUAUGCAACUUCUCCGCACCACUUUUGGAACCAAGGCCUUGUUAUGAUUCAUUGAAAGACGGGGUCUUUUGCUGGGUCAGGCCCAGUUUUGGGCCGCAUCUUUGGCCGCUUCCUCUGCAUGGUGUGCCAGCAGAGAAUGAUAUGGUUCGUAUUUCCAUUUUUGCAUGUGCGUUACUGGAGGGUAAUUUGUUGCCCUGCUUGAGAUGCGUCCAGAGAUGUCUUGUUGCUUCACCGAGAUUCAUGUUGAGGCCUGAGUCAUUGGGUCAGAGCAGGGUCUUCAAUCUGUUAAAGAAGAUGAAGGUGGGGAAUGUGAUAAUCGACAGGCGGGCGAUCUUAUGUGAGGCUUGGAGGAAGAAUCCUCAGUUGCUGCGGUCUGAGAUUCAGUGCUGGUUUCAAGAGGGUUUUCGACACCUAUUUGAUGAGCUCUGGGGAAGAAUGCAGGAGGAGGUUCAGCUGGAGGGUGAGCAGCUUCUUCUUAUGGCCAAGGGAAAGAAGAAGAUCAAGAGAAGAAAAAAAGCAAAGCUGCUAAACAAUGAAGUUGAUUGUGAAUAA